AUGACGACCGACCAGAGGCUCUACGCGCUGAACGCGCUGCAGGUCGUCGGCGACUGGUCCGUGCACGGCGACGGCGACGGGAGGCUGUUCUACUACGACCGCCGGAAGGAUGUGUCGCAAUGGACGGCGCCGGACGCGCUCGCGCCGCUCGAGACGGCGUUCAUGAUGAAGUUUAUGCUGCAGGAGGCCGUGGCGCGCUCGGGCGUGUGGACGGCGCACGAUGCGGGCAACGGCACGUUGUACUACUUUAACGCGUCGACGAAAGUGUCGUCGUGGGAACGUCCGAGCGAGUGGGGCGAGACGGGGGCGGACGAGGCUGAAGAGACGCGCGGGGGGGGGCGAAGAAGUAGGGAGAGAACUGCGAGGGAGGAGCGGGAGAAGCUGAAGGAAGAGAGGAGGGAGAAGAAGAAGAGGAAGGAGCGUGAGCGGCAUCACAAGGACAAGGAGAUGUUGGCCGAGGAGAAGGAUGAGCAGACGGAGAAAGGAGCAGCCGAAGAGGAGAGGGAGGAGAAAGAGCCACUGACGGCUGAGGAAGUGCAGGCAGCACAGGAGCGGGAGGUACGUGACAAGAGGCGGGUCGAGCAGUUUCGUACCAUGCUGCGCGAGAAGAACAUCAUGCCUUUGUGCAAGUGGUCCGUGGCUCUACCGCAGAUCGCUGGCGACCCUCGCUUCGUUGGCGUACCGACGAUGGACGAGAGGCGUGCAAUUUUCGAGCAUUUCGUCGAACACCGUCGAGAAGAUCUGAAGGCAGAGAAGAAGGGCGAGCUGAAGCGUGCGAGGCAGUUGUUUUCGCAGUUCUUGCGCGAGCAGUUUGAGCUGGAUUCGUGGGCGCUGGGCACGACGUUGAGUGUGUUUUUAUCGACACUGGAAGACAAGAUUGAGCCUGCACGAUACAAGGACGUCCAAGAUAAUGCACUGGCCUUGUUGACGCUGUCGACGCAAGAAAAGAUAUAUGCCAAGGCGGUAGCAGCAUUCAAGUCGGACGCGCUGAAGCGUGAUGGAGAGCAACUGCGGCUGACAAGAUUUCUCGAGGACAGGCUAUCUACUACGGAGGGCAAGUCACUGUUGUUACAACGGGAAGAAAACAGAGUCCAAACGCUUCUUCGUGAGUUCUACAGCUCCGCUGAUACGGGUGGCGCACUGCUGUCGGAGCAAAAGCAGCGACAGGUGUUUGAUGAAGUGGCCGCGCGAAUAGCUCACAGUCAAGCUAGGGAGCGCGACGUGGCGAACGAAAAGCAGUCAGGAGGCUCACGGGCGAACCAUCGAUUGCAGUCGCGGGACCACUCGACGGGCAGCGUGAGGAAGGCAAGUCCACGGCAACAACGCAGUGCCUUGGACCGCAAUCGUCAUCGCUCUCGCUCUCGAUCCAGUCGUCGACGCAGCCAUAGCGACAGCCGGUCACACUCUCGCGAGCGCACGAGCAGAUACCGUCGGCGCAGCCAUAGCGGCAGCCGCUCACAGUCCCGCGAGCGUACAAGCGGACAACGUCGGCGACGCUCGCCAACCCGGUCGCGCUCCCGAGUGCGAUCGCGUCGAAAAGCAUCCAACCGUCGUCGUCACUACUCUUCCUCGCUUUCCAGGUCUCGCUCACGCGAGCGUUGA